UCCGCUCAGCAGCGAGCUUGACCAUAUGUACAGCACUCAUCCUGGUCGUACCCACCUCGCAGUUUCUUGGUCAAAACUCUUUCCUGUUGGGCACUGCAGCCAUCUACCUAUUCCCGAAAGGAACGGUCGGUUCGCAGUUCCUCCUCAGCUGCAUCUCCUACUUUGGCUUCCUGCUUGGACUCGUUUGGUACAACAUUGUCUCCCACAUCGCCAUCCAUGUCCCAGAAACAGGCAAGCGUGUCUUUCUCUACAUCUUCUUCCUCAUUGGCGCAUUCAUGUGCGGCUGGACACGAUCUAGAUGGACCUUGUCGUACCUUGGCAUCAACUUCUUCAUGAUUGUUCAGAUCUUUGGUCUUGUCAAUGCAAUUGAGCUCGCUGAGCAUACGGUCCAGCCAUUCACCGACUACUUUUACGUCUUCACCUUUGGUACCCUCAUUACCUUUGCAUGCAGCUUGAUUUGGCCAGAGAACACAGCUAUUACCAUUGAGAAGCAUUUGCUGAGCUCAUUGAAUGCUGCCACAGACUUGGUGGAGCAUCAUGGUAGCGGGAGCAAGCGAAGCAAAAGCAAGUUUUCCGAUGUGAAAGGCUUCAACGACAAGCUCAUGGCGUCCAUUGAUGCGAGCAAGUAUGAAGUGGUCUACAGUCGCAUCCCUCCUGCGUCACUACAACUCAUCAACGCUGGUAUUGCCGACCUAAUCAACAAGUUGUAUGUGCUUGAUGAAGUCCUCAGAGAUCUUUCAUCAAAGGCUCAAGUGCUGGGCAGUCGUGAAGCAUAUAUUGAAGGACUCCUCGCAGACAUGGCACUCUUGCACGGUCGUCUUCUUCGUGCCAUCGUGCAAAACAUGCAAGAUGCUAUCGCAGGUCGUCAGCAGGAUCUCGAAGGUCAGUCAACUGCCCAGCUCGAAGUACAACUCAAUAAAUGCCAAAGAGCUCUUUCGAAUCUUCCACCAACCGACAAAACUGAUUUGGAGAGUCGAGCAAUCAAUGACCAAGCUGUUCACGCUGCCUUUGAAGUUGCCAAGAACCUCCUGCUGAUGUACGGCAACUCUGUCAAGGCAUCACAAGCCGCCUGUCAUCGCCGCAGACUCUUUUGGCCAUCAGGGGUCCGACUCACCUGGCCAACAAUGAGGAAACAACCUGGUGUAUGGCGUUACUGGAUCGCACAUCGUGCAAGCAUCUUUCGAGACUCUCAGCACACUGCCUAUGCGGUCAAAUUCACCCUCGUCAUGGGCAUCCUCAGUAUCUUCCCCUUCAUUGAUGAUUGGCGAGUCUGGUAUCGCGAUGUGCGUGGACACUGGUCCAUGAUUAGUGCCAUGGUUGUCAUGGAAGUCGCUCGUGGUCUCGUCUUUCGUUCUGCUUUGAUGAAAGGUGCUGGUGCCAUUCUUGGCGGUUUGAUGGCGUUGAUCUUAUUCAGUAUCUCUGCUGAACGAUUGGCGAGCAUCUUGUUGACUCUGCCCUGUGCCAUCUUCAUCUACUACAUUGCGCUACACCCACGCUAUGGCAAGAUGGGCCUCGUCGCUGCACUUGCAUACAACCUCGUCUUGAACCAAGGACAUACCUCGGAAGAACCCUACAUGGCAUACUUGAAGCGAACAGCAACCCUCGUGGGCGGUAUCGCUGUGGCUGUUCUGGUGCAUGUACUCGUCUUUCCAUACCAUGCACGACGUGUGCUCAAGGAAGAGACGUGUUUGGCAUUUGAUGCACUCGCGAGUGGUUUCCAUGAAUUGGCUCACGAUGCAGACUACAUCUCGGAACGGAAGGAUGUCGUUCGACACUUGAAUGCUGCCAGGACGCUCAUCAACAUGACGCACUGGGAGCCGAGCUUGAAAGGGCCAUUUCCCAAGGAAAUGUAUCAGAAUGUGCUGCAAUGCGCCUACCAGCUUGAGGACAUCUUGACGUAUGCACAACGCUCUGAGAGCUGCGGCGAAAAGACCAAUUUGAAUGCGUCAAGGGAUGAUGUGAUGAGAAGCAUGGCAAAGGACCUCUACUUGCUAGCCCAUGCACUCCACACGAGAUCCAGCAGUAUUGUGCAUCUCGCUGCGAAUUUGCCAGACGCGCUGACAAGCUAUCGCCAGCUUUUGGUCGCGAAGCCCUGGCAGUCAAGCAGCAGCCUCGAUAUAAGUCAGUGUGAUGGACAAGCCGAAUCGGCGUCAUUCUUCUACCUCUGCAAACUCAUGUCUGGGCCCAUGACACGCAUGUCUUUACUGAUUCAUGAAGCCAUCGCUGGUCGAUUUCUUCCAGAUAUCAUCCACAGAACGAGCGCUAGCUUAGCCACAUCACCACAGCUCUCGACGCACAAGCCCAAUCUGUCGCCACUCGUGCUCUCUUCAACGCCGUCGACUGACCUCGAGAAACUGCCUACAACCACGAACCUGCUACCAGAAAUGGCAGUCUCUGCAGAGGAACGUGAGAUUAUUGCUGCACGUUCGCGACGAAGCAGUGUAGGUGGACGCAUUCGAGGUUCCAAUGCAAGUUUCCUAUCGACUCUGCAGCUACCGAGAAUCGAACAAGGUCUUGUCGUGUCUCCAACAGAGACGCUGGUUAGUCCGCAACCAGUAUUUGACAACUCGCCCAUUGAAUCACCACAAACUCGGCGUCCGAGUAUCACCAUUCAACUUCCCUCAAUGCCAGAUGGCGUGGCACGUCCCUUCCAACGAUAGCUUAUAGUUUUGCAUAGCGUCUCUCAACAAUCUCAUGCUCUUCUUUGGGACUCAUUUGCGGUGCAAAGAAAGAUCAGACUACCGCUGCUGUAUACCCAAGCGCUCUUCACGCGUCUUGCCACGUUUUCCAUCCCAUUGAGCCUCCACCACGGGCGAAUGCAUCCCAGUAUCGGCAUUCUCAGCGCGCGUUGCGUCGCCAGCUGCUGCCAAUUGUCCUGCAAGACGCUGCUCCUUCGCGUCUACAUAGUCGUGUAAGUCUUCAUGUGCCAAUUGAAUGGCAGUCGGAGGUCUGCGCAGCAUGCUGGAUGAUAGCAACGGCUUGUCUCCACGACUUGAUGAGGGCGUGCACG